CCGAUGCCCGCAUCAACUUCAACACCACUCUCACGUUCGACUCCCCGCGCACGAUCCCGAAUCCACAGCUCUUCACCAGUCGUACUUCCCCUCCACCGCAAAUAUGGAUCAGGCCAAGUUGGCGCGUAUGCAAGCGUCAGUGCGUAUUGGAGGCAAGGGCACUCCCCGCAGGAAGAUCAAGAAGGUGCACAAGAGCGCCGGCACCGACGACAAAAAGCUACAGACAGCGCUCAAGAAGCUCAAUGUACAGCCAAUCCAGGCCAUUGAGGAGGUCAACAUGUUCAAGAGCGACGGAAACGUCAUCCACUUCUCGGCACCAAAGGUCCACGCCUCGGUACCGGCCAACACCUUCGCCAUCUACGGCCACGGCGAAGACAAGGAGCUGACAGAGCUCGUCCCCGGCAUCCUCAACCAGCUCGGCCCCGACUCGCUUGCAUCGCUGCGCAAACUCGCCGAGAGCUACCAGAGCAUGCAGAAGGAGAAGGGCGAGGAUGGCGACAAGAAGGAUGACGACGAUGAGGAUGACGAUGACGACAUCCCGGAUCUCGUUGCGGGAGAGAACUUCGAGUCAAAGACUGAAGUCGAGUAAGCGCUUGUCUACUGAACAGCCGGAGGGACAAGGUGGUAGAGCCUCGGAAGGUGCAUGUGCAGUAACGACCUACCGAAUGUAUUUUGGUAUGGAAGCCUCUUACGCUUCUAUGCAAUUGACGACCUUUUCAGCUGGCUGUCGCAGCGGGUCUUGCAUGCGGA